GGUUGGAGAUUAAAUCGGAACUCCCUGUUGGUAGCAUGAUUUUUUUGUUUUGCAGUUAAAUUUCCCUUAGAAAUGAAGCUAAGCAUUUUUUUUUGUUCGUUAAAAUGGACAAAGUUUGUUCUUCGACGUUCCUGGAAGAGAGUCGUCUUACCGGAGAAGAGUAUGUAACCAAAUUGAGGAAGCGGUUACAUCCCGAUUUGGUGAAAUUUCUUUUGAAAAACCAGGACGACAUUCAGAAACUUUGGGACGAAGAACAACUAUUUCCUAUUUCCAAUCUUUCAGCAAGCGUGUUAGUCAGAGGAUACUUACUUCGAGGACGCUUCGGAGGACAGCCUGAAGAAACUCCGAAGCAAAUGUUUUUUCGGGUUGCCGCAUGGCUUUGGUACCCUGAUAUGGAAAAAGUGACGCAUUGUUAUAAGCAGCUGUGUCAUGGUUUCUAUAUUCACGCAUCUCCUACGCUCCUCAAUGCAGGAACGGAUUCUUAUCAAUUAGCUUCUUGCUUUUUGCUGACAGUGGAUGACUCAUUGGAAAGCAUUUACGAUAGUUUGAAGGAGGCGGCUACCAUUUCCAAAUUCAACGGAGGUCUGGGAGUUGAUCUUUCUCGAAUUCGUCAUUCAGAAAUUCGCGACAUCGGAAUGUCUAGAGGAAUCGUUCCUAUUGCGAGAUUGUUCAACGAUACUAUUCGAAUGGCGGACCAAUUGGGAAACAGAGCAGGCGCUGCUACUUUGUAUCUUCCUGCAUGGCACGUCGAUGUCUUCAUGUUUUUGGAGCUUCCUGUCAAAAAUGGUCCGGUGGAUUUGAGAGCAUACGAUGUGACUUUGGGGUUGUGGAUGCCUGACUUGUUCUAUAAACGUUGUUUGGAAAAUGGUAAUUGGAGUUUGUUCUGUCCAGCAAAAGCCAAAGGGCUAACUGAAGUUUAUGGAGAAGAAUUUGAGAAACUGUAUUGUCAAUACGAAGAGGCUGGUGUCUUUUCGAGUGUAGUGAAAGCGAAAGAUUUGCUUCUUCAAAUUGCUAGGGUUCAGCUUCAAGCCGGUAUGCCGUUCAUUUUGAAUGGAGACCAUAUCAAUCGGUUCAACAUGCAAAAAAAUAUAGGAAUAAUUCGUUGCUCUAAUUUAUGUACCGAAAUUGUGGAACUAGUUAAUGAACAAACCGUUGAGUUUCAGUUUGAUUUGCUCGGUAGCAUAACGGAAGAGCUGGUUGAAAAUUUGAACCGUGUUAUCGACCGCAAUUACUAUGUCCUGAACAAAAUUGAAGCUUGCAAUCUCAAAACGAGGCCAUUGGGGAUUGGUGUUCAAGGAUUUGCAGACUGCAUUUACAAGCUUGGUCUUGGUUUUGAGGAUGAAGAAGUUCGAGCGUUGAAUAAGAAAAUUUUUUCGUGCAUUUACUAUCAUGCAUUGAAAAAGUCUUGUGAGCUUGCAGUUGUAGAUGGUCCUUAUCAAAAAUUUCAGAAUAGUCCGUACUCACAAGGUAAAUUCCAUUGGGAAUUCUUUGAAGACGCAUCACCUUCCUAUCCUGAAAUGGAAAGUUGGGAACAACUGCGGAGUCUGAUCAAAACUUAUGGGGUUCGAAAUAGCCUUCUUGUAGCUUUGAUGCCAACUGCUUCGACUUCUCUCAUUUUAUCCAAUUAUGAAGGCUUUGAACCUCCUUCGGGUCAUGUUAUUUCGAGAAGAGUAGCCGAUGGGCGUCAUAUUGUGAAGAAUCCUUAUGUUGUUUGGACAGAUGACCUAAUUGAGAAAUCGUUGGAGAACGAUGGAAGUUUGCAGUUUGCGAAAGGUAUGGAGCGCUUCAAAACUGCUUUUGAAAUUCAUCCCAAAGUGCUCAUUGACCUCGCUGCUGAUCGGACUCCAUUUGUGGAUCAGAGCUCUUCGUUUAGUUGGUCGAUAAACUGCACUCCUUCCGAAUUGGCCGAUUUAUUAGUGUAUGCUUGGCAGAAAAAAUUGAAAACAAGCUGUUACUAUAUUCAUAGCAAGCCUGCUUCUCGACCUCAGUGUUUUCUGAAUAGCGGAAAGCGCAGUUCUUCCAAAAAAUGUUGCCAAUAAAUUUCUUGUUGUCGUGGCUUUCGAGGAAAAAUGAUUUCUGAUAGUCAAAAGAUUAAUUUCAAAAAA